ACAGCGAGAGAGCAGCUUGGGACCUGCAGGAGCGUACCGGGCGACAAAAACCACAGCCCCGAAGCAAAGAGUGUCCUUAUUUUCAAGCGAUUCUCAAUCUGUGCUGAAUAGGAGUGUCCCAAAUGAACGACGGGCAGGCUGGAAACGCUCCUUCUUCCCGCGACCCGAAGAAGAAUAGUUUAGAAGCCGAGUGCCGUUGAGGAGUAACAGCUUGGUUUAUUUUCCUUUAGCGGGCGGCGGACGAAAGGGCUGGGUGGUGUUUUUGCUGCAUGGUAAUAUUUUCGGUUGCUUGUUUACCCCUUCCACACUGAAACAAAUCAUUGUUUUCAAGGGAAAGGAAUUGUGAGAUCAACAACCCAAUGUGUGUUUCCCUCGCGACACCAAGACGGACAGAAAACAAAAGCAAGACCAUUUACGCUCCCAGGACCGUUUCGGAAAGGCUGUUUUGCAUCCGAUUUGUGUGUGUGCGAUAGUCAGACGGGACUGCUAUUUUUCCGUUAUAUGCAAAGGAGAAAUCGUACAUAUUCACUGGGUGUCGCAAGAGCUAAGGGGAAAAAACCCCUGCAUAUAUCUUGGUUCUUAAGUGGAGAAUUCUAAACACUAAAAUAUAAGAAAAAUAAUUUAUUACUCGAGGAACUGGCUGAGACGGAGCAUCAUUUUACUAACGACAACUGCAGCAAAAAUUAAUUACAAAGAAAUAGGUGGACGAUUACAUCACCAUCAUGGUAGUUUUCAAUGGGUUAUUGAAAAUAAAGAUUUGCGAAGCGCUGGACCUGAAGCCCACUGCUUGGUCUCUGAGGCACGCUGGUGGACCCAAGACCCAAACAUUUCUCCUGGAUACCUACAUCGCCCUGAACGUGGAUGACUCUCGCGUGGGCCAAACCUCCACCAAGCAGAAAACCAACAGCCCUGCUUGGAACGACGAGUUUGUCACGGAGGUUCACGACGGAAGGAAAAUCGAACUGUCCGUUUUCCACGAUGCCCCAAUUGGAUACGAUGAUUUCGUGGCCAACUGCAUCAUUCAGUUCGAAGAUCUGUUGCAGAACGGGAGCAGACACUUCGAAGACUGGAUAGACCUGGAGCCCGAGGGGAAGGUGUACGUCGUCAUCGACCUGUCGGGAUCGUCCAGCGAAGCCGCCCCGGGGUCCAGUGAGAAUGAGGAGCGCGUGUUCAGGGAGCGGAUGCGGCCGAGGAAGAGGCAGGGGGCGGUGCGCCGGCGGGUACACCAGGUCAACGGGCACAAGUUCAUGGCCACCUACCUGCGCCAGCCCACCUACUGCUCCCACUGCCGCGACUUCAUCUGGGGGGUGAUUGGUAAACAGGGGUACCAAUGUCAAGUGUGCACCUGUGUGGUCCACAAACGAUGUCACGAACUCAUAAUUACUAAGUGUGCCGGGCUGAAGAAGCAGGAAGACACACCGGAAGAGGUGGGAUCCCAACGGUUCAGUGUCAACAUGCCACAUAAGUUCAGUAUUCACAGCUACAAAGUUCCCACCUUCUGUGACCACUGUGGCUCCCUGCUGUGGGGGCUGCUCAGGCAAGGACUACAGUGCAAAGUGUGUAAAAUGAAUGUUCAUCGACGCUGCGAGAGCAACGUGGCCCCCAACUGCGGAGUGGACGCGCGAGGGAUCGCCAAAGUGCUGUCGGACCUGGGCGUGACCCCCGACAAGAUCUCCAGCAGCGCACAGAGGAGGAAAAAGUUAAAUCAAGGUCAGGAUCCCCAGCCUUCCAUACCAGGCACACCUCAAACAGAAGAAGACCGGUCCAAAUCCGCCCCCACGUCCCCCUGUGACCAGGCAGAAAACAAAGACCUAGAAAACAUCCGGAAGGCCCUGUCGUUUGACCACCGCGGGGAGGAGCACAAGUCCACCUCCUCCACCUCGUCCUCAGGGGGUGGGGGGACCGUCCCCGCGGUCGACAGUCGGGAGAACGGCGAGAUAAAGGCCCUCCAGGCCAAGAGGAUGAACCUGGAGGACUUCAUCUUCAUCAAGGUCCUGGGGAAGGGCAGCUUCGGCAAGGUGAUGCUGGCGGAGCUGAAGGGUACGGACGAGGUGUAUGCCGUGAAGGUGCUGAAGAAGGACGUAAUCCUGCAGGACGACGACGUGGACUGCACGCUGACGGAGAAGCGGAUCCUCGCCCUGGCGCGGAGACACCCCUACCUGACCCAGCUCUUCUGCUGCUUCCAGACCAAGGACCGGCUCUUUUUCGUGAUGGAGUAUGUGAACGGCGGAGACCUCAUGUUUCAGAUACAGCGGUCGCGCAAGUUCGACGAGGCGCGCUCUCGCUUCUACGCCGCUGAGGUCACCUCCGCCCUCAUGUUCCUGCAUCAGCAUGGAGUCAUCUACAGGGACCUGAAGCUGGACAACAUCCUGCUGGACGCCGAGGGCCACUGCAAACUGGCCGACUUCGGGAUGUGCAAAGAGGGCAUCCUGAACGGCGUGACCACCACCACCUUCUGCGGGACCCCCGACUACAUCGCCCCUGAGAUCCUACAGGAGCUGGAGUAUGGCCCCUCGGUGGACUGGUGGGCCCUGGGGGUCCUCAUGUACGAGAUGAUGGCGGGCCAGCCCCCCUUCGAGGCGGACAACGAGGACGACCUGUUCGAGUCCAUCCUGCACGACGACGUGCUGUACCCCGUGUGGCUGAGCAAGGAGGCCGUGGGCAUCCUCAAAGCGUUCAUGACCAAGAGCCCCAACAAGAGGCUGGGCUGUGUGGUGGCGCAGGGAGGCGAGGAGGCCAUCAAAGCCCACCCUUUCUUCAAGGAGAUCGACUGGGUCCUUCUGGAGGCCAGGAGGGUCAAGCCCCCUUUCAAGCCCCGCAUUAAAACCAAAAGGGAUGUCAACAACUUUGACCAGGACUUUACGCGUGAGGAGCCGGUUCUAACCCCGGUGGAAGACGCCAUCAUCAAGCAGAUCAACCAGGACGAGUUCAAGGGCUUCUCGUAUUUCGGGGAGGAGACCCUGUCCUAAACCGUCUGACCCCAGCUGCCUUUUCCGUUUUCCCCUUAACCCGUCUUCCCCCCCCAACGCACUCACACUCCACUCACUCGCUCACACGCAUGUGCACACACACACACACACACACACACACACACACAUACUCCCGGAAUCGCGGUCUCCUCAGCCUGGCGUCAGAACUGCCCCUCUACAGAACCCAUCUCACAGUCUUUCCCCCCCCCAAUCACUCCAUUCCUGUCCCGUGUCCGCACUUCCUUUUUCUACAUGUGUGUUUUCUAUUUGUGUACAGGACAGAAUAGGACAGACCUUUUGGGCAUCACUCCACUCCUUGUCUGCCUGGCUCCUACAUUCUGACUUUUUUUUUCUUUUUAGUUUUCUGUUGUAGAACGUGAUGCAGAGGUGUGUUUGUAAAGGAAGUCCCACCCCCUCUCCAUCGUAACCCUGGUCCAGUCGCAGACAAACAAAGCCAACAACAUAACAUAACAAAACAAGCAUAAAACCCGCCGUCCAGACCUUGUCUGUCUCAGCAGUAGGCUGAUUGUGGCACAUCUUCUUUAUCUCCGGAUGUGCUUUUGGGGGUCUGGGUUUUGCAAAAUGUUGAAAUUACCUGAAUACUCCCUUACAACACUUCCUGUCUGACUACGGUCAUAAUCCAGUGUGAAUUAGCUGGCCUAAAUCCUGCAAUGCGUUGCUCCAUCUCAAAACACAUUUCCAUAGAGCUGAUUAUCACAGGGAAAGCAGGGCCAAAAACUUUCUGAAUGAGAAGGGGUCAAUGUCCUGUUGCACCGCCUUUGGCUGAGGCUUUGCUGCAGCAGGUUCUUGCUGUCCAAUCAGAGUGCAGAGAACACCAUUUGUCAGCAGUGUGUGCAAACUGAAGCCAGCCGCCCUAAACACUCAGUAACCUCAUUCAAAAUGUAAAGCUUUAUUGCUGUGUUUGCGAGCAACGGUUUCAGUGCUGGACUUCCUUGACCACACUUCUCAAACUUAAUGGAGUUUGUGCUGCCACCUUUUUGAUGUUUUGUUUUUAUUUGUUUUUAAGUCCUGUUGUGCAAAGUGCAUCAUCCCCAAAGAAGGUUUUCAAAAUGAAAAAUACUAUUUUUCGUAACAGCUCCUUGUAGCCACAGAAUUGGCGGGUCCUCUUAUCGAAUGCACUACGGUAACCAAAUUGACAGUACCAGUGAUUGUACUAAAGUGUUAGGUGUAUAUGCUCACACUAUCGAAAGCACCAAAUGGGACUCUCAGAAUUUGAAAUCAUCCAGUGAAAUGUAUUUCUGUAGAUCAAAAUUUUGCAACACUGACAAUAGUUAAUGUACAGUACAGUAAAAUGCCUUUUUCGUGUGUUGGGGUAACAUUUUGUGGACAAUGUAAUGAAGUUAAAAACAAAAAAAAUGGUUACCUACUGUAGAUAUGCUCAUAGUGUUAUUGUAGUUUAUUUCUGAAUAUUCCUCAUAUGGUAUUUCUGUUUGUGUGCGCGCGCACGCGCGCGUGUGUGUGUGUGCGCGUGUGCAUGCAUGAAUGUGUGUAUGGGGACGUGUGUGUGUGUGCCCGUCUGUGUGUGCCAUGCAUGAGUCAGCAUGAAUGCGAGUGUGUGCCUGUGUGUAGAAGUGCCCACUUGAAACCGUUUUAUUUUAUUUAGUCUUUUUUUUUUGGUUCAUUUUUUAAAAAUGAUUUUACUGGAUUGUGUUGUUGCUUAGCUUUCGAAAUCCUGAGCAAGGUUUCCUUGCUAUGCAGCAAGACUCACUAUUGUGGGUGGCAAAGCCAGCACCUAGAUCCCAGUACCUUGCCCUCUCUGUACAGAUGAGACUUUGUAUAUAAUCUUUCCUGAAAGGCCUGUGAAGAUCUUUGAAAAUAGAGGUAUCAACCGUUGCAUGGUCAGGCAUAUAAUAUUAUUGUGUAAUUCUAGUCUAUGAAAAAAAGAUACCAGAUAUGUCCAUGUGCAAUACUCUGUAUGUGUUUGUGUUUAUUUCGAUUUGUUUUGGUUUUGUUGUUUUUUUUUCCCCCUCCUGAUCUGUAUAUGUAUUUUUUUUUAAUGCAUGUUUUUUGUUUGUUUGCCUCAUCCUUUUUGAAUCUCUGUCGAUCUCUGUACCGAUUUCUUGCCUCCGUUCCACCCCCCCAACCCCACCCCCCACCCCCCUCAUUCUUCAUCUUCCAGGUUUCAGGGCUUUGUGCACUAUAGAACAACCCCCACCUGCUGCCACCACCCCACCCCCCCCAAAAAAAAAUGUAGUCCCAGUUAUUCGUUUUUCUCACUGACUGGCUCAAAAUGGCCGCCAAUGGGACCCAAGACAUGCCCCUGGUGCACUUCCCACCCAAACUCCACCCCGUUAUGGAUAGUUAAUUCCAAAAAAUAAGAAAAGCAGAGUACAGCAGAUUGAUUGUAACACACUUGUGUAUUUCGAUAUGAUUAUGAUAAUAUGAUUUCAUUCAUAUUUGGAUGUUCCAACCAGAAAUCAGCAGGAGCCCAAAAGCUGCUAUGGUUUGAUCCGUUAUCUGUAGGGGGUGGGGGGGUCAGUAUGUCACACCUCAACAGUCCCAGGAAAAAGCAGCCGCGCAGCCAAACAUGCCAAAGAGCCUGCCGGAAGGGUCUGUCGGUCUGUCGUCGAUGCUUUCGCUAGUACGAGCCGUCUGACAGGGCUGCUGUGGAGGCUGAAGACGAGGGUCGUGUUUGUGUAAGACGGGCACUUUACUGUCCACAAAGCGGGAGAGGAUGGUGGGAGGGGGGGGAAUGGAGGGAGAAAUGAAGAACUGAAC